AUGGAGGCAGAGGGUUCUCGGAUAUUGCAAUGUGAUCACUACAUUUUGCUGGAUUCGUACAAUCAAAUUGUGAAGGGAUAUUUACGGGAGACUGACUUUUAUUACGUUUUUCAAAUUGGAAUUGUCCAAUAUCAGUCAGCAUUGGUUAAUGCUCUGAUCGAGAGAUGGCACCAUAAGACUCAUAUGUUCCAUUUUUCGGUUGGUGAGUAUGCUGUGAUGCUAGAGGACGUGGCAAUAAUUCUUGAUCUUCCGACGAAUGAUCUGCCAGUUACAGGACUGACACUCAAUAAUUAUGAGGCGUUAGAGGCUGAAUGCUUAGAUCAGUUUGGUGUUGCACCUAGAAAGACAGAGUGUAGAGGAAGCUUCAUCAAGUUGACGUGGUUUCGAGGACUGAAAGAUCAUUUGGUGUUGGCUGACGAUAUUCACAUUCAGAGUUGGGGAUCGACAUGCCUGGCACACCUGUAUAGAGCGUUGUGUAGGGUAACUCGUGUCAACUGCAAGGAGAUUGAUGGUCUACUAACACUUUUACUUACCCGGGCUUGGAUUCGUCUACCAUUUCUUGCGCCGAUUCCUGGCAAUCUUCGACUAUUUCCGAUUGCAAACAGGUGGCGUAACUGGGAGCAUGCUGAUCACCCUUACAGAUUUCGUAGUCUUGUUCACUUUAGGAGAGCAUUAGAUAAUCUGCAAGAAUGA